UACGUCUAACGAUGGUGCAACUCCACUCAUUCAGUGUGUACAGGGAGCUCGCAUGGCAAAGGAUUCAAACAAAAACGAAUAUGUACAGUGUUGUAAACGGUUGAUUGGCGCUGGAGCUGACCUGAAUCAUCGAGAUCACCUGGGAAGAACAUCCUUGCACUGGGCUGUGUUCUACAACAAACCCGAUCUUGUCUCGGAAUUGUUAGAUUGUGGAUCCGAUCCAAAAAUACGUGACGAUGGAGGUCAGAACGUGUUGCACUUCGCCAUACGAGUACAUGCGGUGGAAUGCAUCCAAGUAUUGUGCGAUCAGGUUGAAAAUGAGGUGCUCAGGGAGUCCAACAAUAAAGGCGUGCCACCGAUCAUAUACGCUGUACAACAGGGUCAUGCAGAUAGCUGUGAAAUACUACUUAAAGCUGGAGUAGACAUCAAUGAAAUAGAAGACAAUAAUGUCAGCAAGACUGCCUUGCAUUAUUCUGUGGAGUUCAACAGAUUGGAUUUAGUUCAAUUUCUGUUAAGUCAUGAAGCCAGAGUAGAUAUUGCUGAUGCAAGCAAACUCACUGUAGUUGAUCUUUCCUGCAUCUGCGAUGAUUAUCAUUACUUAGCAACAAUCAUAGAUCACCUUGGAGACGAAAGAAGAUGAGUACUUUAAGUGCAGCAAAUGACAGAGGAAUAACACCAUUAAUGAUAGCAUGCCAGAAAGGAAACACCCAACAAGUGUCUCUUAUCAUUAAAAGAAGGGGCUCCUAUUGCCAGUACUGAUAGGAAAGGCAAGACAGCUUUACAUUACACUGUUGAAAACAAGGAACCUGACUGUGCUGUAUUGUUACUGCAAUCUAACCAUGAUAUAGCAGACAUUCGUGAUAGAGACGGACAUACAGCACUACACUUAGCAACCAUAGGCGCCAAUAAGAAAUUAAUCUCAGUGUUAAUUAAAUAUGCAGAUAUUAAUGGUACUGAUCAUGAGAAACACACUCCAGUCCACUGGGCUACAGUUUGUGGGCAUGGCGAACUCAUUGAAUUUCUCAUUCAAAAUGGUGCCAAUGCAUCGCUACCCGACGUUCAUGACGCUUAUCCAAUGCAUUAUGCUGCUCAGAUGUGUGGUGAUCCACAAGUUCAACAUAUUGG